AUUUGUAAGCACAAGAUGUCAAAGAAUGAUUUGAGUCAGUGGUGAGGCAGCCAGCUAUUUGCAUGUCAUGAGGUCUAAGGGAAACAAGCUGACCCUCAGCCUCCUUCCAGGCAGCCAAAGUCUGAUGGGACCCUCAAAUAGCUCUGGCAAAGUGUUCUGUUUCUUUUGGACUUACUGAAUGCUUGUUUCUCUGAAGACGUCCAAUUAUUUCUUCCUUUAUUUUGCUACACAAGUUACCAGGAGAAGCAGCUUGCAACCAAGUACCACAGGCAGAACCCCACCAGAAUGACUAGUAAUCACACAGACUGUCAUUACUGCCUGCAAUCUCUUCGUGGAAGAAAAUACGCAUUAAGAGAAGAAAACGCUUAUUGUGUUACAUGUUAUGACAGCUUAUUUGCCAACUCCUGUGAAGAGUGCAAGCAACCUAUUGAGUGCGAUUCCAAGGACUUGGCCUACAAAGGCCGCCACUGGCAUGAGGCAUGCUUCAAGUGCGUCAAAUGCAAUCGCUCUCUGGUGGAGAAGCCAUUUGCUGCCAAGGAUGAGCUCUUGCUAUGUACUGAAUGCUACUCGGAUGAGUACUCAUCUAAGUGUUUCCACUGCCAGAAGACUAUUAUGCCAGGUUCCCGUAAAAUGGAAUUUAAAGGAAGCUCCUGGCAUGAAUCCUGUUUUGUUUGCCAGGAUUGCCGGCAACCAUUGGGAACAAAACCGUUGAUCACCAAAGACAACGAGAAUUACUGCGUUCCCUGUUUUGAGAAGCAAUUUGCUCACCAUUGCUACUCUUGCAAAAAGGUUAUAACUUCAGGGGGAGUGACCUACCAUGACCAGCCUUGGCAUAAAGAAUGUUUUUUGUGUGCUGGAUGUAAAACUCAGCUGUCUGGACGAAGGUUUAUUUCCAAAGAUGAGUAUCCAUACUGUGAAGAUUGUUUCGGCAAAUUAUACGCAAAGAAGUGCACUGCUUGCAAGAAACCUAUUACAGCUCUCGGAGGUGCCAAAUUUAUCUCAUUUGAAGAGCGCCAGUGGCACAGGGAGUGCUUUAACUGUGCAAAAUGCUUUGUCUCACUGGUGGGCUUAGGAUUCUUCACUCAGCAGGAUGAUGUCAUUUGUCACAAAUGUGGCUCUGCUACAUAGUUCUAUAGAGAGCUAUACCAAUACUUUAUUCUCACUCUAUAACCAUGUACUUCAUUACCAGGCAGUAAGAAAAUCAGCUAAAAUGCAUAAUAGUUAUUUAGUCAUUCAAGUAACUUUCCAACAGCAGUUUAGUUCUAUCAUAGUUUUCAGCUUUUUUAUUAAAAAAAAAAAACUAAACAGCUCCAUACUAAGAAAACAAUUCAAAAAAGAUUAGUAAAUAUUUUAAAUCUAACUGCAGUAUGCUUCUCCUUGUAACACACUGCACUCUGCUGUUAGAAGCUUUAAAAUUUACAUUUCAUCUCCCAUGAACCAAGGAGGAAUAUGGAAAGUCUAUAUGGCAUAUGACUGUUGAUGAGGCAUUAGCACCACUCCACUGAUGCAGAUUUUGGUGUGGAAAGCCAGGCAAGUGUGUUUUUCUAUUGGACCACAGUAUUUAUUAGAAGAACAUCUCAUCUUUCUCCAAACUUCAGACAAAGCAGCUGCUGGCAAAGCAGUUCUCUCACUAUGAGCAGAAGGUGGAAGGAGAUACUGGUACAUAACAAGACAUCACAGGAUUUCUUCCGUGCCAGAAGUUCAUUCUAGGACUAGAUGAAGGGCUGAAAGGUCAUUUUCCUCUCGUUACUAAGAAAAAAUUCCUCAGAAUUUCUGAGAAAAAAUCCUCAGAAAAAAUUGUUUCCCAUGGUUCUAGCCAUCCAUAAGACUGAGUGACAGGUCCUUUCCCACAAUUGGUUGGCUGUACUUAACUUUUCCAUUGUCUUCACUAGACCUUCAAUACCUGCUAAAAUACACUUUCUUAUAAGUAGAGGCAAGAGCUGACUCACCAUUGUCCCUUUAACCUUGCACCAUUUGCCAGCAAUCAAGCCACUGCUAAUGACCUUACCAUUUCCACAGUUAUGUCUUUGACUCACACUUUAUUGCCAUUCUCAUAAGUAUGUGCUUACCUAUAGCAGGCUAUAAGCUCUUUAGAACCAACACCUGGUUGAUUUUGUCAUGUGCCAUACGCAUUUGCCAGUAUUAUGUCACGGAUUUGUAAUAUUGUCACUGCAAGCUAGGCAGUCCUCACUUGUGAUAGUAGUACACAGCGUUAGUUUCCAGGUUUUGAGAGGAUUAUAUCUGCUUGCUGAGCUUAGGAGCUCAAGAGCUAUUACUAAAGAUCAUCUAGAGCAGUUACUGGCAUUUUUUCCUCUUCCUUGCUCCAUGCUUGUUACACUUGUAUCAAGCCACUGUGGACAGUGCAGAUUCUGCACCACUCAGAACUAUUUUAGUCCUGACCUUGUAUGUCUUCAAAUCAUACAUUCUCUUUUAGACUCUGAUCGUAAGUGCAUGGAGUUAUUUUGCAGACCCGAGUGGGCUUUAUUUGUAAUAAAGACAGCCAUUGCAUUAAGUAGAAAAGUGGGGGAAAAAAGCAAGAACAUGUGGGCAUAGCUAAACCAGAGCUGAACUGCAGUGGCAUAAAAUCAAUAUGGAUAAUGAUAUAGCACUCUGUUUUCCAGUCAAUAAAAUAUUGAUCUUUUGCUCUA